GGCGGGGCCCCGGCGGAGGGGGGAGGGGGUUCAGGCCGGGUCAUGAGGAGCCGCUCGGCCGGGCUGCCCCUUCCCUCCCCUCCCGCCAGUGACGAUCCCUUGCUUCCCCCUCUGUGCAUCCCCAGCUCUUGCUGAAGCGGGCCCUUCUUUGCCUUGGCUGGGACUGGAAGCUCAUGGAGGCGGACGCUAACCAAGCCAAUUCGGUGCUCAGUGCAGACUCUCAGCACGAUCCCUGCAAAAUGUUCGUCGGGGGACUGAGCUGGCAGACCACACAAGAAGGUCUCAAGGAAUAUUUCUGUAAAUUCGGAGACGUGAAGGAGUGCAUGGUGAUGCGGGAUCCUGUUACAAAGCGGUCAAGAGGAUUUGGAUUUGUCACUUUUGUUGACCAAACGGGCGUAGAUAAAGUUCUAGCGCAACCCAGGCAUGAACUAGAUUCUAAAACGAUUGAUCCUAAAGUGGCUUUUCCACGUAGAGCGCAGCCAAAGAUGGUGACCAGAACAAAGAAGAUCUUUGUGGGCGGAUUAUCUGUAAAUACCACAGUGGAGGAUGUCAAGCAGUAUUUUGACCAGUUUGGAAAGGUAGAUGAUGCAAUGCUGAUGUUUGACAAGACGACCAAUCGACAUCGAGGCUUUGGGUUUGUAACAUUUGAGAGUGAAGAUAUCGUGGAGAAAGUGUGUGAGAUUCACUUCCAUGAAAUCAACAACAAAAUGGUGGAAUGUAAGAAGGCCCAGCCCAAGGAGGUGAUGUCACCAACCGGGACCGCCAGGGGUCGUUCUCGAGUGAUGCCCUAUGGGAUGGAUGCCUUUAUGUUGGGGAUUGGCAUGCUCGGGUACCCAGGCUUCCAGGCUGCUUCGUAUGCAAGUCGUGGUUACACAGGGCUCGCUCCCGGUUACACCUACCAGUUUCCCGGUCCCUUAUUGUUGCCUCCAGCCACUACCCUUCCAUCUUCAGCAGGCCGGGCAGGGCAGUCUGGGGUACAAACCUCACAGUGGCCCCCAUCGAUGCUGCUCCAGGAUUGGCCGACGGGAGCAAUCCCCCUGACUGCAUAUGGACCAAUGGCAGCAGCUGCAGCAGCAGCAGUGGUUCGAGGGACAGGUUCAACCCCAACCCGCACUGGAGGGUUCCUGGGCACCACCAGCCCAGGCCCCAUGGCAGACCUGUAUGGGGCAGCUAACCAGGACUCUGGGGUCAGCAGUUACAUCAGUGCAGCCAGCCCAGCCCCGAGCACUGGAUUCGGCCACAGUCUAGGGGGGCCUUUGAUUGCGACAGCUUUCACA